GGCUGAUGCCAUUGUUGGGGAAGAGACUGGCUCAGAUCGGAGUGGAAGCAGCAGAGAAAGCCCUGGCCAGAGUUAGUGGCGAAGUAGGGUUAGGGUUUGCAGAGGAAAGGAUCUUGGUCGUCUUUCUUAUGAGCUGAGUCGCCAUUCUUCACGAAAUGAAACCGAGGACGGGGAAACCACGGGAAGUGACGAGUUAGAAGGCUAGCCAUAUUGUAAUUGGAUAUAAAUUUUAGAUAUGAAUCAUGAUCUUGUAUUUUGAGAUUUUAUGAUAUCAGAGUGUAUUUGGAGAUUUUAUUGGAGAUUUAUGAUCGGAGAAAUCUUAUAAUUUGAUCUUCAGAUUUUGGUGGUAUCAGAGUGUGAUAUGAUAAGUUCCAAGCCUUGUGCACUUGUGGGACCCGUCUCACGAGUGUACGGCGUCUGUCGCGUCUCGAA